UCGCACAUCCCACAUCCCGAAUUUGGCCGCGGGAGCAUCCCGGAGAGUAGGCCGGGAGGGCGUGGGUGUUCCGCUUCUCCUGCCAGGGACCAGGGCGGGGACACGGACUGGGCCAGUCACGCUGGAACUCAGCGUCCUCCCGGCGUGACGCGCCUCCCUCCCCGAGGCGUACAAUCAUGUUCGAGAUUAAGAAGAUCUGUUGCAUUGGUGCGGGAUAUGUCGGAGGACCCACGUGUAGUGUCAUUGCUCAUAUGUGCCCGGAAAUCAGGGUAACCGUUGUUGAUGUCAAUGAAUCAAGAAUCAAUGCAUGGAAUUCUCCCACACUUCCUAUUUAUGAGCCAGGACUAAAAGAAGUGGUAGAAUCCUGUCGAGGAAAAAAUCUAUUUUUUUCUACUAAUAUUGAUGAUGCCAUUAAAGAAGCUGAUCUUGUAUUUAUUUCUGUAAAUACUCCAACAAAAACCUACGGAAUGGGCAAAGGCCGGGCAGCAGAUCUGAAGUAUAUUGAAGCUUGUGCUAGACGCAUUGUGCAAAACUCAAAUGGGUACAAAAUUGUGACUGAAAAAAGCACAGUUCCAGUACGGGCCGCAGAAAGUAUCCGUCGCAUAUUUGAUGCGAACACAAAACCCAACUUGAAUUUACAGGUGCUGUCCAACCCGGAGUUCUUGGCCGAGGGAACGGCCAUCAAGGACCUAAAGAACCCAGACAGAGUACUGAUUGGAGGGGAUGAAACUCCAGAGGGCCAGAGAGCUGUGCAGGCACUGUGUGCCGUGUACGAGCACUGGGUUCCCAGAGAGAAGAUCCUCACCACAAAUACUUGGUCUUCAGAGCUUUCCAAACUGGCAGCAAAUGCUUUUCUUGCCCAGAGAAUCAGCAGCAUCAACUCCAUAAGUGCCCUGUGUGAAGCAACAGGAGCUGACGUCGAAGAGGUGGCAACAGCCAUUGGAAUGGACCAGAGGAUUGGAAAUAAGUUUUUAAAAGCCAGUGUUGGUUUUGGUGGGAGCUGCUUCCAAAAAGAUGUUCUGAAUUUGGUUUAUCUCUGUGAGGCUCUGAAUUUGCCUGAAGUAGCACGUUAUUGGCAGCAGGUCAUAGACAUGAAUGACUACCAGAGGAGGAGGUUUGCUUCCCGGAUCAUAGACAGUCUGUUUAAUACCGUGACUGAUAAGAAGAUCGCCAUUUUGGGGUUUGCCUUCAAAAAGGACACUGGUGAUACGAGAGAAUCCUCUAGCAUUUAUAUUAGCAAGUAUUUGAUGGAUGAAGGCGCACACCUCCACAUAUAUGAUCCGAAAGUACCCAGGGAACAAAUCGUUGUGGAUCUUUCUCAUCCAGGUGUUUCAGAGGAUGACCAGGUGUCCCGACUUGUGACCAUUUCCAAGGAUCCAUAUGAAGCGUGUGAUGGUGCCCAUGCUGUUGUUAUUUGCACUGAGUGGGACAUGUUUAAGGAACUGGAUUAUGAACGCAUUCAUAAAAAGAUGCUGAAGCCAGCCUUUAUCUUUGAUGGACGGCGUGUCCUGGAUGGACUUCACAAUGAGCUACAGACCAUCGGCUUCCAGAUUGAAACAAUUGGCAAGAAGGUAUCUUCAAAGAGAAUUCCAUAUGCUCCUUCUGGUGAAAUUCCAAAGUUUAGUCUUCAAGAUCCACCUAACAAGAAAGCGAAAGUAUAGACAUUGCUGUUUUUCUUUGUGGUUUUUUUGGUACUUGAGGAUAGCAUCUGUCUAUCUGAUACUCAAUGGUAAACGAACCAAGUGUUUUUAAGGAAACAAAACUAUUUUUUUAAGCAUCAAAUUUAUACUAGCUCUUAUGGGUAUUAGCAUAUCUAGUAAUUAUGAAUCUAGAAUAUUUUUUACAUAUUUUUAUAAUAUUGUUGGCUCAGUUAUUCAAUGAAUGGAAGUUAAUCAUGUUGGUUUUUUUU